CUUCGGCGAUGAUGGGGAGGGAGCGGCUAGGGAUGAUGAGGAGGCUGGUCGGCUGCUCGGCAGCGCUCAUGGCAGUCCUCCUCGUGUCAUUUUUAUGGAGAGAAAAGCCGCAUGCUCCGCGAGUAGCGCUCGAGGACAACCUUGCCUCCUUCCUGCAGCAAAUGGAAGGAGAAACAUUUGAGAGCCCUGACCAGACUUACCGUCAGUCGCUCAAGGGUUUCAGGUCGGAAGAGAAAGAUCCUCAUCUUGGCAUGGCAUGGGCAAAUCCAUCAUGGAAGGGAUUGAAAUCGACACAGAAGAGUCAGGCCUCGGAGCACUCCAGCUUGAAUCAGCUCGAGGACAAGAUUGUCAAUGAUGUGGUUAGAAAGCUCGGCAAAUCCCUUGAGGCGAAGAUUGGUGGCAAGCAACUUCUCUCUCCUGCACACAAGGCUGCUACGAAUCAGAACAGCUUGUCAAGGACACUGCGAUCUCGCAUUCAACACGACAAGGCGAGCCUGGCCAAGUACAUUCAAGCCGGGGAGGAGAGGGAGCAAAGGCUGAAGAAUGAUGAGCAGUUGUUGAAGUGGGUCCAUGCUCACAAGGGCAGCAAGCUCAGCAUGAAUUCGAAUGGGUUGGUGUAUGCUCACCCGUCCGAUGUGAUUCCGAGUCAACCUGCUAGUGGGCCGAGCUCCGUUGACAACUACAUGAGGGGAGCCAGACAUCUGAGCGAGAAGGGGCCAGCAGGAGUGAAGAUUGAGACGCAGAAUCCAGAGCCGGAGUCUUACAUCGCCGACAACGUGGAGAAGCUGGAGAGCCUUGGAGUCAACGUGCGAAACAGGCUCUUCCCCAAUUGGUCGGUCGAUGUACCUGGAAGUGCGCUCCUUCCGGAUCGGCGAACCAUCAAGUAUGACAAUGGUGAACAAGCUCUUGAAAAAAGUGGAAUCGUCACAGACAGCGUAGCGGGCAUGGGCAAGCAUUACAGGAGAGCAAUUCCUCUUCCUGCGUAUGAGAAGGACCCCAACCCGGAAAGAGCAAGCAUGGACCUGGAACAAGGUCAUCGCUACGUGAACAAGCAUGGAGAGAGACUGCAGGAAGUCUUCGGAGUUCCCCUCGCUUCACCGAACGCCUUUCUUUACACGUCUCAGUCCUUGAAAGGACCUCAUAUGGACUCGAAACAGUUGCGCAAGGGCUCCUCUAAGCUCGAAGGUCACGGGGUGAACGUGUGGGGUGCACAGCCAAGUUUUGCUGGGACGACUCAGGAACUUUGGAUGUCUCCUGAGACACAGUAG